AUGCCGGGCCGGGCGGAGCCGUCGGGGGGACGCGCGGCGGCGGGGCCGGUGGCGGUGCCCGUACCGGUGGCACCCGGGGCGGCGGCGCGGCCAGGCGGCGCGGGGCUGCGGGCCAAGGGCUUCGCCAUCACCGACCUGCUGGGGCUGGAGGCCGAGCUGCAGCCGCCCCCCAGGCCCCCCCCCGCUGCCGCCGCCGCCGCCGGUGGCUACGAGGGCGGCGGGGCGCUGGGGCUGGGGCUGGGGCUGCUGUGCGGCCUGGGCGGGCCGGCCGCCCCGUGCCUGCUGCCCGCCCCGCUGCCGCUGCUGCCCGCCCGCGGCCCCCGCCCGCCCCCCGGGCCGUCGCCCGCCGCCCGCCGCCACAAGGAGAACAUCUCCGAUGAGGACAGCCUGUCCGGGGACGCCAGCGACCUGAAGAUGUCCACCUCCCAGAUCAAGAGGAAGAAACGUCGGCACAGGACGGUGUUCACAGCUCACCAGCUGGAGGAGCUGGAGAAGGCUUUCAACGAAGCUCACUACCCCGACGUCUAUGCCCGGGAGAUGCUGGCUGUGAAGACGGAGCUGCCAGAGGACAGGAUACAGGUUUGGUUUCAGAACCGAAGAGCCAAGUGGCGGAAGCGGGAGAAGUGCUGGGGCCGGAGCAGCGUGAUGGCUGAGUACGGCCUCUACGGGGCCAUGGUGAGGCACUCCAUCCCUCUGCCUGAGUCCAUCAUCAACUCCGCCAAGAGUGGGCUGGUGGGAUCCUGUGCCCCAUGGCUGCUGGGCAUGCACAAAAAGUCCAUGGAGGUGAGCAGGAAAGCGGAGAGCCACGAGAAGCAGGCAGAUGGCUGGCGAGCAGAGCAGGAGGAGGAGGAACUCAAAGGGAAGCAGGCCAGUUCCCAGAGGGGCUCCGACAAGCUUGGCCCUGCAAAAGAUUCAGAGGACACAGCCAUCGACCUCUCCAGGACAGCCAAGCACGAGAAGAGGGGCGUACUGAGACAGUGCAUCAAUGGGGAUCCCCCCAUGGAGCAGAAGGACAGGGACCACUGAGCUUGGGCUGCCCCAGAGGAGGCCAGACCUCACAGCUUCCU